GCUUUUCUUACUCAAGCAAGCAAUUUGUUCACUGUUGGCUCUGCUUUGAUUCCAUCUGCAAAUGGAAAGUUUUAAUAUCCUCCUUUUGACAGUGGCAGUGACUGUGCAAGUAACAUCCCACGACAGCACUGGUGAACCUCCUGUUCAGAUUUCAAAGCCAAAGGUUACUUUGAAUCCAUCUCAUGCAGUGCUGUACAGCACAGAGACAGUCACUCUGCACUGUGAGGUACCUGAGGCACCAUCAGGGUUACAAUAUGACUGGUACAAGAACUCUGCUGAUCUUAGUGAACAUCAACCCAGCAUCACUGCGAGAGGCAGUGGAAAAUAUGAAUGCAAAGCAAAAAAAGGAACUUCUGAAUCGGAAAUAAGUGCUAGUUACACUUUAACUCUACAAGAUCCUCCUAAAGCAAAGCUGACUGUGGAUCCUAAAUGGACAGAGUUUUUCCCAAGUGAAAACAUCGAACUGAAGUGUGAAAUUGAAGGUGGUUCUUCAGGCUGGACCUUCGAGUGGAUAAAAGAUACCUGGACUUCAGAAGGCGACAGUGUCCGAGCAAUCACUGUAAAACACCCUGACUCUGGAAAAUAUUCUUGUAGAGGAAAACUCAAAAACAGACAAGUAACAACCCAACAAAGUAAUGCAUUUCAACUGAAUGUCAAAGAUCUGCCUGAACCAAAAAUCCAGUCUGAUUGGACAGAAGCGUUUCCUGGUGAAAAAGUGUAUUUAGAGUGUGUGAUUCAAGGUGUUUCAGAAAACUGGAACUAUAUGUGGUUCAAGGACUCAAGAAGAAUCGUCUCCAGUGAUGAAACAAACAUAAAAGGGAACACUCUCACACUGUCAGUAAAGUCCAGUCAUCACGGGGCCUAUGAGUGCCAAGCUGAGCUGCAGGGCAGAACGGUGUCUACUGCAAGAAGCAAACAACAUUUGUUAACAGUCCAUGAACUGCCUCAGCUGAAAUUGUCAAUAGAGUCUCAAUGGAAUAUGUUUUACCCAACUGAGAAAGUGACUCUGAAGUGUUCAGUUGAUGAAGAGUCAAAUAAAUGGGGCUAUGAAUGGUUUAAAAACAGAGGUUUGCUUAAAAAGGAUAAGGACAUUUCCUUUACUGGAAACACACUCUCCAUCAGCUCAGCAAAAGCGGGUCAUUCAGGACAGUACACCUGCAGAGGAAAACAUCUGACGAGAACAAUGGUGACUACAAGAGAAACUGAAGCUGUGCAACUUCGUAUUCAGGACAUCAAACCAAAACCAACCAUCACAAAACAUGUGUGGUUUGAGUUGUUCUACACUGAGGAUCGAGUCCAGCUUCAUUGUAAUAUGCCAGGAGUAGGUUGGGAAUACCACUGGUAUAAAGGCUCAACCCUUCGGAUCACACAUCCAGAAUUGACCAUAGAUGCAGUAUCUCUGUCUGACCGUGGUAAUUAUCACUGUAAAGCAAAGAGAGGAGACUUCUCAGUGGACAGUGAGACUCUACAAGUGCGAGUUCAGAAACCACCUCAACCACAUAUUCAGUCUGAUUGGACAGAAGCGUUUCCUGGUGAAAAAGUGUCUUUGCAGUGUGUGAUUCGAGAUGUUUCUGAAAACUGGAAUUAUACUUGGUUCAAAGACUCAAGCAAAAUCGACUCCCGUGCUGAAACAAACAUACAAGGGAACAAUCUCACACUGUCAGUAAAGUCCAGUCAUCACGGGGCCUAUGAGUGCCAAGCUGAGCUGCAGGAAAGAAACGUGUCGACUGUAAGAAGCAAACAACAUUUUUUAACAGUCCAUGGAUCACAGCCAACAAUCCUUCUGCAGCAAGAUCCAUCCCACCCAGAGAUCUACACUGGAGAACAAGUCAAACUCACUUGUAGCAUUCAAGAGAAGACUUCAAAAUGGCAAUAUUUUUGGCAAAUAGAUUCACAGCAAGUGAGCACUGUCAACAAUCCCAUUUACACUAUCCAAAAUGCUACAUUAUCUCAAAAAGGGAACUACACUUGCCAAGUAAGAAGGGGAGAGAUGACAUAUGCAAACUCUACAAUAUUGACAAUAAGAGAGCCACCUAAAGCAAAUAUGUCAAUAGAGUCUCAAUGGAAUAUGUUUUACCCAACUGAGAAAGUGACUCUGAAGUGUUCAGUUGAUGAAGAGUCAAAUAAAUGGGGCUAUGAAUGGUUUAAAAACGGAGGUUCGCUUAAAGAUGAUAAGGACAUUUCAGUUUCUAGAAACACACUCUCCAUCAGCUCAGCAAAAGUGGGUCAUUCAGGACAGUACACCUGCAGAGGAAAACAUCUGGCGAGAACAUUGGUGACUACAAGAGAAACUGAAGCUGUGCAACUUCGUAUUCAGGACAUCAAACCAAAACCAAACAUCACAAAACAUGUGUGGUUUGAGUUGUUCUACGCUGAGGAGAAAGUCCAGCUUCAUUGUAAUAUGACAGGAGUAGGUUGGGAAUAUCACUGGUAUAAAGGCUCAACCCUUCGGAUCACACAUCCAGAAUUGACCAUAGAUGCAGUAUCUCUGUCUGACAGUGGUAAUUAUCACUGUAAAGCACAGAGAGGAAACUUCUCAGUGGACAGUGAGACUCUACAAGUGCGUGUUCAGAAACCACCUGAACCACGUAUUCAGUCUGAUUGGACAGAAGCGUUUCCUGGUGAAAAAGUGUCUUUGCAGUGUGUGAUUCAAGAUGUUUCUGAAAACUGGAAUUAUACUUGGUUCAAGGACUCAAGCAAAAUCAUCUCCCGUGCUGAAACAAACAUAAAAGGGAACAAUCUCACACUGUCAGUAAAGUCCAGUCAUCACGGGGCCUAUGAGUGCCAAGCUGAGCUGCAGGGCAGAAACGUGUCGACUUUAAGAAGCAAACAACAUUUGUUAACAGUCCAUGAGCCACCUAAACCAAAUCUGUCAAUAGAGUCUCGAUGGAAUAUGUUUUACCCAACUGAGAAAGUGACUCUGAAGUGUUCAGUUGAUGAAGAAUCAAAUAAAUGGGGCUAUGAAUGGUUUAAAAACGGAGGUUCGCUUAAAAAGGUUGAGGACAUUUCCUUUUCUGGAAACACACUCUCCAUCAGCUCAGCAAAAGCGGGUCAUUCAGGACAGUACACCUGCAGAGGAAAACAUAUGACGAGAACAUUGGUGACUACAAGAGAAACUGAAGCUGUGCAACUUCGUAUUAAAGACAUCACACCAAAACCAAUCAUUAAAAAACAUGAGUGGUUUGAGUUGUUCUACACUGAGGAGCGAGUCAAGUUUGAUUGUAACAUGUCAGGAGUAGGUUGGGAAUACCACUGGCAUAAAGCCGCAAAGCCUCUGAUCAAAAAUUCAGAAUUCACCAUUGACACAGUAUCUCUGACUGACACUGGUGACUAUCACUGCAAAGCACAGAGAGGAGACUUCUCAGUGGACAGUGAGACUCUACCAGUGCGAGUUCAAGCUCGUCCACCAGCAUUUCUGAGUCUGAAGACUGAACUGAUCGACAUCAUGACCGGGGAUGUGACUCUCAGGUGUAACAUCUCAGACGGCAGACAGUGGAACUACACUUGGUUCAUGAACGGACAGCAGCUCAAUGGAUCCUCAGAUGUACUCAAAGUGACAGGAAAUGAAGAAACAAUCAAAAGUGAAUUCAAGUGCAAGGGAAUAAACACAGAGAGACCGCUGUACUCUGCUCUGAGUGACGGCUUCGUAGCCAAUAAUAUUAUAUUUAAAAGGAAAAUACUGCUAGCCAUCGCAGGAUGUCUUGUCUGUUGUAUUUUUAUCCUGAUCAUUGGAUGCAUCAUUCUAAAAAUCACCCAUAAACCAGAGGUAAAAGAAACACCAGAGGAUUUGUUUUUCUCAAUGACAGACUCCAAGAACCAAAUUAUUUCACCCAUGAAGGAGUACAUGGACAACAGACAAACAGAGCUGGAGGAAUCUCAGGGAAAAGCAGAACUAAUCUCUGACUGUGCUUCAGCUGUUCAUCAGGACAGUGUGAUUAAAGAAUCUCAGGAAAAAGCAGAACUAAUCUCCGACUGUGCUUCAGCUGUUCAUGAGGACAGUGUGAUUAAAGAAUCUCAGGGAAAAGCAGAACUAAUCUCCGACUGUGCUUCAGCUGUUCAUGAGGACAGUGUGAUUAAAGAAGAAGACACGUCAGCAACAGUAGCCAAUGGCCUGACAUCAUUCAAAGGACUCUGAAUCAUUUCACCAGAAAUCAACAUGCUCGGAGGCACAGCUACAUUAUAUAUUUUAAAAUGACAGCAUUAGUACAGCACUUUGUCUAACAGGAGCUGCACUUUGUAAAAUUUUGUUUUAUAAUCUGAAAACCAGCUCGUUUGCAAAAAAAAAAAACUAAAAAAACAACAACAAAAAAGUAGAACUGAACUGCAGUGUUGUAGAGACGUACUGUUGUAAAUGAAGACAGUAAUUGUAUGGGGAGAUGAAUAACGGACGGUAAGAAAUUACAAAAUUCAGAAGUUAUUUCUGUACAUAUCUGUACAUAAUAUCUGUUUUAAAAUGUAAAUAUUACAACACAAAACAGAAAGCAAAUAAAGAAAUAAAGAACUAAUGAUAAUAAUUAUUAUUAUUAUUAUGCACUCACUGGAUUAUUUUGCUA